AUGGCUGGUAGAGGGAAGUCGAAACAGGCUCGUUCCAAAGUGUUGAGUGACAACAAUGUAGACGAUGCCUCUCAUUUCACGUCUUCGAUUGAUGAUGCAACUAAGCGGAAGCUCCAACAUCUAAAUGUUUGGUGUCUUCGAGAUAAUCAUAGCUGUGAGAUCCCCAUAAGCCUUUAUACCUGUGAGACACUUGUAACCCUAAAGCUCUUUGAAGUGGUCUUGCGUGAUGUUGGUUCUGUUUCCUUACCAUGUCUCAAGACUAUGUAUUUGAAGUAUGUUCGGUAUCCCAACAAUGCCACCAUUAAGAGACUUGUCUCUUGCUGUCCUGUCUUGGAAGAGUUGAAGAUAUCUGGAUUUGGUCCUGAAGUCAUUUUGAUCGAUGACUCCGAGUCCCGUAGUUAUAAGAUAAAGAACUUGGAGUCCAGUUUCAAGUUGGAUAUUUCUCUCGGCUAUGGUGAAGAUUUUAAUGAAGCAAAGGUUUCAUCAAAGAGAGAAGCCAUCCGCAAGUUUCUUCCAGGGAUUUCAAAAGUUGGGGAAAUGAUCAUAUAUCUAGAUACUUUCAAGGGUUUUCAUCAUUAUUCCAAAUUAGAACCACUGCCUCUAUUUGAGUACAUGACCCGCCUGGAUGCUACACUCUGUCUCUCUGAUUUAAAAUGGUUGCCAACUUUUCUUGAGUGCUGCCCGAAUCUGAAAUCACUCGUUUUGGCGUUAGAUAAUGAUUAUGAGAAGAUCGGUUCUGAGGAGAUCAAUGAAAUAAGUUUCUCAUCUGUGCCAGAGUGUUUGCUGUCGUCGCUUGAGUCUGUUGACAUCAAAAGCAGCAUCGCUGGAAAUGCUGCAGAGAUGAAGCUAGUAAGACGCUCUAUCACAUGUCAAGUCGUCGUAGGUUGA